AAAAAGGAGUGCAUGCACAAGUAGCAUCCAAAUCACACACUUCUUCACUUUUUUUGCAGCCCAAAUUCACAAUUCUUUGCAUUCUUCUCAUCUAAAAUGUCAACAGCCAAACAGGUUAUUACAUGCAAAGCUGCAGUAUGUUGGGGGGCAGGAGAACCAGUGAAAGUGGAAGAGAUACAAGUAGAUCCACCAAAGGCAACAGAAGUGCGAGUUAAGAUGUUGUGUUCUAGUGUCUGCCACACAGACAUCUCAAGCCUUAAAGGAUUCCCACAUAAUCAAUUUCCUCUAGCACUUGGACAUGAAGGAAUUGGUGUUGUUGAGAGUAUUGGUGAUGAAGUAACAAAUCUAAAGGAAGGUGAUUUUAUACUUCCAACAUACAUAGGAGAAUGUGGUGAAUGUGAGAAUUGUGUUUCAGGAAAAACCAAUUUGUGUUUGACACAUCCUGUGAGAUUGACUGGUCUAAUGCCAGAUAACACUUCAAGGUUGUCUGUAAAAGGUCAAACACUAUACCAUGUUUUGAGUUGUGCUACAUGGUCAGAGUAUGUGGUUGUUGAUAUCAACUACCUUGUUAAAGUUGAUCCAACCAUUAAUCUAGCAUAUGCUAGUUUCAUUUCAUGUGGAUUUUCAACUGGUUAUGGAGCUUCUUGGAAGGAAGCUGAUAUUCAAAAAGGUUCAACUGUUGCUGUUUUUGGUCUUGGUGCUGUUGGAUUAGGGGCUAUAAGUGGGGCCAAGAUGAUGGGAGCAAGUGAGAUAAUUGGGGUUGACAAAAAUGUGAUGAAGAAAGAAAUAGGAGAAGCUUUUGGAAUGACCCACUUUAUACAUUCUAAUGUUCCUAAUAAAUCUGCUUCAGAUUUGGUUAAUGAGUUUACUGGAAGGGGUGUAGAUUAUUGCAUUGAGUGCACUGGAGUUGCACCUUUGCUUACUCAAUCUUUGGAAGCCACAAAAGUGGGAACAGGUAAAGCAAUUGCAGUUGGUAUGGGAGUAGAACUUGUUGUACCAUUUGGACUUCUUGGCAUUCAGUUUGGUAGAACCUUAAAAGGUUCUGUUCUUGGAGGUAUAAAAACCAAAACAGAUAUUGCCACCAUAGUCAACAAAUGUCAAAAAGAGGAAUUCCCUCUUCAAGAACUUUACACCCAUGAGGUCCCUUUGGUAGAUAUAGGCAAAGCAUUUGAGUUAUUGAAAGAACCAAAUUGUGUGAAAGUUGUUAUCAAGAUGUGAUAUCAAUUCCAGGAAAUGUUACAAGCUAAGACCAAAUUUCAAUAAACAUUGUGAAGAUUCAAGUGUAAAUCCACAUGAAUCUGCACAGCAAAUAAUAGAGUUGUUAUUUCUGCUUUUUGAACAUUAGAAAUUAAUCUAUGGAUAAUAAUUUUUUACAUAAUAUAUAUUGUUUCUAUCAAUGCAUAAUAUAUAGUGAGAAUGAUUUUGUUAUGUGAAAGCAAAAGGGACACUUGUGCUCUCAUUUACAUCAAAAUAAAUGGCGGAGAUUAAAAGGUA